AACAACAGCAAUAUUCCUUAUCAAUGAAUUUCCUUUUUUUCUUUCUUUCUCUAAAACAUAACACAUAACAUGUCGACAUUGAUUCGAAUUUAGUCCAGUCAUCAUCGAACAAUCAAUCAUGGACAUUCGCAUAAUCAUCACCAAAAUCAUCAUUACAAUAAUAAUAUUGAUUAAUUUGAUUACAAAUUAUUCAUCGUCCAUACCAUUAUUAUCGAAAAGUUUAAGAAAAUUCAAUAAUGAAACAACAGAAACAUUCAAUAAUGAUGAUGCUAUUGUCGCUGAUGAAUUAAGUGGAUCAUUAUUACAAAUAUUUCAAAAUUUUCCAUUCGAUUCAUUACAAUCAUCAUCACCAACGAAUAUUGAUGAAUUUUUAAGCUAUGAUGGUUGGUAUCAUGAUCUAAAUCGUCCAGAUCUUGGUUCAAAUGGUUCACCAAUAAAAAAAUUAAUGUUUCCAAAAUUUCGUAAUAAUUCCGCUGAUGAUAAUGAUGAUAAUAUUUUUAUGAUUAGUGAAUCAAUAUUCAAUGAUAAUCAAAUACAUUUUUCAAUCAAUGGUAAAAAUUUAUUAUCCAUUUAUUUUGGUAUGUUCAUAUUGAAUGAUAUGUUGGAUACAUGGCAUCCAAAAUGUCCACCAUCAUAUCGAAAAAUCCCCCUUCCACGAACAUAUUUUGAUCGUAAUGGAAAUCAAAUACCAUAUCAAUCAAGUACAACGGAACAUAGUUUUAUGUUUUUGAAUGAAAUUGAACAUUGUAAAUUGAUGGAUUCGUUGGAAAAUCCGCCAAACAAAAUGAAUUAUCGUAGCAUAUGGAUUGAUGGUGAAUUAAUUUAUGGUAAUUCAAAAUUUUGUUCAGAUUUUUUACGUACAUUUAAACGUGGCCGUUUAAUCGAUCAAACACAAUCGAAUCAUCAUCUUAAUCAUUAUCAUCAUCAACAUCGAUUUGGUAAAGAAUGUUUUAAUUAUUUCGGUGAAAAUCCAAUCAAUGAAAAUCCAUUUAUAUUAACCAUACAUUUUAUUUGGUUACGAUGGCAUAAUUUAAUUGCCGAAAUGAUUUAUCAAAAAAAUCCCAAACUUUCCGAUCAAAUGAUUUAUAUGGAAGCAAGAAAAUAUACCAUUGCUACUAUGCAACAUAUUGUAUUCAAUGAAUGGUUACCAUCAUUUUUAGGUGAAACAUUACCCGAAUAUCAUGGUUAUGAUCCAAUGAUUGAUCCACAAAUUAAUGAUUUAUUUGAAAUUCUUUCCAAUGCAUAUCUUUAUACGUUAAUAUCACCAUCAGUAUUCAAGUUGAGUACAGAAUGUUCGAAAAAUUUUCGUUAUUCUAUCCUGCGUACUUGUAAUACCUAUUUCGAUCCAAUAAACUAUUUGGUUCGUGAUGGUUUUGAAAAAAUUCUUAUCGGUUUAUUAUUACAAAGUUCACAACGUGAUGAUCAUUUUAUUGUUGAAGAUAUUUUACAUUAUGCAAAAGGUAUUGGUGCUGAUUUUACUAGACAAAAUCUAGUUGCCAUUUUAUUACAAUAUUCAAGAGAUUUUCAACAACCAGAUUAUCUAACAGUACGAAAAACAAUCGGUCUAGAUUCAAAUAUUACAUAUGGAUCAUUUCGACAAUUAUUACGUUCACAAUGGUCAUAUUCAAUGCGUAUCAAUCAUCGUUUGGAAAUAAUCUUAUCAAAAUUAUAUCAGAAUAUUCAAAAUAUUGAUCUGAUUGUUGGUGCAUUAUUAGAAAAUAAUGGUAAACAACCAGGUUCGAUGAUAAAAUAUUUUUUUCUUGAACAAUUUUUACGUUUACGUAAUGGUGAUCGAUUUUAUUUUGAAAAUUUGAAUUCAAAUCAAUUUGAUUCAUAUCAAAUUAAAAUGAUAAAAUCAAUCAAAUUUUCCGAUAUAAUUAAAUCAAUAACCAAUGUUAAUGAUGAAUUAAUACAAUCAGAUGCAUUUAAAUUACCAAAUGAAGAUCAAAACCGAAUAUCGGAAAAAUGUUUUGAAAGUUUACGUAAAUUAUUACGUAUUUAUCCAUGUGAAAUUUCGGAUAAAACAACCAAAUGUUUAACAUUAUCAACAUUUCAGACAUUUGUUUCGAUGGAAAAUUGUACAAAAGGACAAUGUUAUGAUUAUUUUAAUGGUAGUGAAUUAUCAUUCGUGGUUACCAUUCUACUGAUACCAUUAUUCAUAAUAAUAUUGGUUAUAAUAUUGAAAUUAUUAGUUUACAUGCGGCAUCAUAAAUCCGAAUGUCAACGUAUAAAAGUAUCAAAAUUACGACGAAUGACAAUCAAUAAUGAUGAUAAUACAAUGGUACAAGAAUGGUUAGGUAAUAAUGAUGGUUAUCGUAAUACAAUUAUAUCGUUGAAUUCAAAAUCACGUUCAAUCAUUGUACGUUUACCAUAUGAAUCACGUAUUGUACGUUGUAUUUAUUUAAAAAAUAAUUCUAUUGGUAAAAUAUCUAUUGAAUUAAGUUUAAAUAAUAAUCAAAAUUAUAUGCUAAUACGUUUUCCAAAAGAAUAUGAUCUGGUUUUGAAAUUUGAUUCAUAUUAUGAUCGUGAAAAAUUCUUAACAAAAUUGGAAGGAUUUUUAAAUGAAAUUCAUUAUCAAAUGGAAAGAACCAAUAAAGAGCUGAGAUUUAUAUUCAAAUCAGCAUAUACUCGUAAUAAACGACAAAAACAUUUGGAAAAAUUUUUUCGUGUUAUAUUUUCACAAGCAUUUAAUCAAAAAAUGGAUAAAAAACAGCUAGAUAUGAAAACGGCUAAAGAAAUUAUUGAAACCGAAUUAACUGAAUUUGAAUUUGCUGAAGUAUUAUCAAUGCGUCCGGAUGCAACAUUUGUUCGACAAAUGUUUCGUUUAAUUGAUUCGGAUAAUAAUGGUUAUAUAUCAUUUCGUGAAUUUCUUGAUGUUAUUAUUAUAUUUGCAAAAGGUUCAGCGGAACAAAAAAUUCGUAUAAUGUUCGAUAUGUAUGAUGUUAAUCAAACUGGUCGUUUAUCAAUGGAUGAUUUUAGUUCAAUGAUAAAAUCAUUAUUGGAAAUUGCAAAUCAAAGUGUAUCACCAAAAGAAAUGCAACAAACAAUUCAAUCAAUGUUAAUUGAAAAUGGUUUUAAUUCAAAAAAAGAACUAACAUUUGAUGAUUUUAGCCGUUUAUUUCAUAAUUAUAAAGAUGAAUUAGGUUAUACGGAAUUGAAUUUUGAUCUAUCCAAUUUGGAUAAAUUACCAACAUCAUCAACAACAACACAAACAACAACAACAAAACGAAAAAGUAAAAUAAAUCGUGCAAAUGAUACAAUUGUUCGUAGUUAUUUUGGUGGUAACCAGAAGAAUAAUAUUGUACCGGAUUUUACCAAACAAGCACCAACAUUUUUAAAAAUUGAAACACAAGAACCAAAACUAUCAUCCGAACCAGAAUGGUUAAUAACAUGGAUUCGUUUUUUGGAUGCAAGGAAAAAAGAAAUUUUUUUCCUGAUUUUCUUUAAUCUUAUUGUUUUGAUCAUUUUCCUGGAUAAAGCUUAUUAUUAUAUUGAAUUGAAUGAAUCAUCUGGUUUACGACAAAUAGCCGGUUUUGGUAUACCAUUAACACGUGGAUCGGCAAGUGUUAUAAUGUUUGUUUAUUCCGCAAUCCUUUUAACAAUGUGUCGUAAUAUUAUAACCGUUAUACGUGAAACAUUUCUUCAUCAUUAUAUACCAUUUGAUUCGGUUGUUUCAUUUCAUAAAUAUUUAGCAUUCAUUGGUUUUAUAAUGGCAAUCAUACAUUCAUUUGGUCAUUUAAGUAAUUUUUAUCAUAUAUCAACACAACGACCACAGGAUUUGAAUUGUAUUUUGUCCGAAACUUAUUUUUCAUCAAAUGAAAUGCCAAAAUUUUAUCAUUGGGCAUUCGGUACAAUUACCGGUGUAACGGGUUUCAGUUUAUUAGCCAUAUUAUUCAUUAUCUAUAUAUUUGCAAUACCAUAUUCAAGACGUCAUAUAUUCAAUGCAUUUUGGUUAACACAUAGUUUGUAUCCAUUAUUUUAUCUAUUAAUGGUAUUACAUGGUUUAGGUAGAUUAGUACAGCCACCAAUUUUUUAUUAUUAUUUUAUCAUACCUUUGACAUUAUUUACAAUUGAUCGUUUGAUUAGUGCAAGUCGAAAAAAGAUUGAAAUAUCGGUUGUCAAAGCAACUCUUCAUCCAUCCAAUGUUACAUAUUUAGAAUUUAAAAAACCACCAAAUUUUGAUUAUAAAAGUGGUCAAUGGUUACGUAUUGCAUGUCUUGGUUUGAAUCCAAGUGAAUAUCAUCCAUUUACAAUUGCAUCAGCACCACAUGAAUCAUCAUUAUCAUUAUAUAUACGGGCUGUUGGUCCAUUUACCAAAAAUAUUCGUCAAAUGUAUGAUCAUAAUCAAUUGAAUGGUCGUCCUUAUCCGAAAUUAUAUCUGGAUGGACCAUAUGGUGAAGGCCACCAGGAUUGGUUUCGUUUUGAUGUUUCAAUAUUGAUUGGUGGUGGUAUCGGUAUUACACCGUUUGCAUCAAUCAUCAAAGAUAUUACAUUUCGUUCAAGUAUUAAUGCAAAAAUUAAUUGUAAAAAAGUUUAUUUCAUAUGGGUAACUCGUACACAAAAACAUUUUGAAUGGAUGUCUGAUGUUAUUCGGGAAGCAGAGGAAAAAGAUUCAAAUAAUUUAUUGGUUACACAUAUUUUCAUAACACAAUUUUAUGAAAAAUUUGAUCUUCGAACAACAAUGUUGUAUAUUUGUGAACGACAUUUUCAACGUAUUUCAAACAAAAGUCUUUUUACCGGACUACAAGCUAAAACACAUUUUGGACGACCAAAUUUUAAAGUUUUUUUUGAAUCAUUACAAUAUGAACAUCGAAAUGUGGAACGUGUCGGGGUUUUUAGUUGUGGACCAAAUCCAAUGACAAAUAGUGUACAACAAGCAUGUGAUCAAUUAAAUCGUAAAGAAGGUAUUAUAUUUAAACAUCAUUUUGAAAAUUUUUGAAACAUCCUCCUUCCUCAACCACCACCUCCCAAAUAAAUCUGUUGAUUCGAAUCGGAAUUAAUCAUCAUCAACAACGAUCAAAGAAUUUUUUUUUGAAAUAAUGAUGUAAUGUAUAGCAGAAAAUGAUGAAAUAAAU